AUGGCACAGUGCGUAAUAUUUUUCCUAUCUGGUCAAGAAGCUGUGUCGACUACGAUAACCUUCGCGGCGUACCAGCUGGCACUUAAUUCCGUCAUCCAAGAAAAUCUCCGAAAAGAAGUGGACGAGUGUAUUGCAGCGAAUGGCCCGGAGCCGAGCUUGGAGGUCAUAUCGAAGUUGAAAUACCUGCAUUGUGUUGUCUCAGAAACACUACGAAUACUUCCCUCCGCAUCGAGACUUGAGCGGUGCGGCUACAAUGACUACGUUCUUGGCAACACUGGUAUCAAGCUUCCAAAAGGGUGCACCGUUUUUAUCCCCGUUUAUGCUAUGCAUCACGACCCGGAGUUCUUCCCCGAUCCUGAGAGUUUCAAACCUGAACGCUUCAGCGAGGAGAAUGUAGGAUCCAUCCGUCCGUACACAUAUCUUCCUUUCGGCGCUGGGCCACGGAACUGCAUCGGAAGCCGCUUCUUCCUUCAAACCAUCAGGCUUUGCCUGUUUCAUUCGGUUAACCGGGCAUGUAGCAACAUCAUCAGCGCCAGCGCUCCAGCAUGCUUCUUGCGUCGGCAAAAAGCGUUUCCAGCGACUCCGUCAAUCACUGAAGGCUCGCUGGAACGCAAGAACUGGAAUGCUCUUGAGCCCCUUCGCUACGACCUCUUGAAUGGCAUGGACCGAGCCGUAGUGCCCUCCUUUGAUGACUCUUUUCAGUCGGGGCAAGGGGACGGAGGUUGGACAAGCGACAUCUGGGUUGUAGGGUGGCGGGGGAAGCUGUGUGGUGCCCUGUUUGACAAGGAAGUGCAUGAUAGCAAAUGUGGUGUGGCUCGGCGCAUUGUCGUGACUUUUUGCCGUUGGAGUGGGACAUGA